UUAACGAACCGUGGGAUCGCAAUCCAAUUUCCGACAUAUAAAUCCUUCCCGCGAUCAAGAAAAGCGUGACCGUGAAUCGAAGCAAUGGGUGGCCAGAGGAGGAGAUAUGACGUUGACUCAUCUGCUUCUUCUUCGUCGUGGCUUUCACGUUUCUGGUCGUCGGCACUCAGGACUAAGACCUUCGGCUCCCCGACCAGCGUCGCCGAUGUCCGUACUAGCUCCGGCGAUGCUCUUGUUCGGCGGCUCGGACUCCUCGAACUCAUCCUCAUAGGUAUUGGCGCAUCCAUUGGUGCCGGGAUCUUUGUUGUCACUGGCACUGUCGCGCGCGACGCCGGACCUGGAGUGACAAUUAGUUUUAUACUUGCUGGAGUCUCGAGCAUAUUGAAUGCACUUUGCUACGCAGAGCUUGCUUCUCGAGUACCUGCUGUUGUUGGGGGAGCAUAUUUAUAUACAUAUGUAGCUUUCAAUGAGCUCACUGCUUUUCUCGUUUUUUCUCAAUUAAUGCUUGACUAUCACGUUGCGGCUGCUAGCAUAGCACGCAGCUUGGCAGGCUAUAUCAUCACAAUUCUAGAGCUCUUUCCAUUUUUCAAAGAAAUUCCAGGGUGGAUUGGACAAGGUGAAGAGUUCUUGGGGGGAGCUCUAUCAAUCAACAUAUUAGCUCCAAUUGUCCUUGCAAUUCUGACAGCUAUUCUCUGCUGGGGUGUUGGAGAAUCAUCUGCGGUGAAUUCAUUUAUGACUGUUACUAAGGUUGUCAUUGUUAUUUUUGUGAUAUUUGUUGGUGCUUUUGAGGUUGACGUGUCAAAUUGGUCUCCUUUUGCUCCAAAUGGUUUUAAAGAAAUAUUGACUGGAGCUACAGUUGUAUUUUUCUCAUAUGUUGGAUUCGACGCGGUCGCAAAUUCAGCUGAAGAAUCAAAGAAUCCUCAGCGGGAUUUACCGAUAGGCAUCCUUGGAAGCCUUCUUGUAUGCAUUGCACUAUAUAUUGGUGUGUGUUUAGUUCUCACUGGGAUGGUACCAUACAGCUUCCUCGGGGAAGAUGCUCCUUUGGCUGAAGCUUUUACGUCUAAGGGGUUGAAAUAUGUAUCUAUUUUAAUCAGCAUUGGAGCUGUGGCUGGACUUAGCACAACCCUUCUAGUUGGACUUUAUGUUCAGUCUCGGUUGUAUCUUGGGCUUGGAAGGGAUGGUCUACUGCCUUCGGUAUUUGCUAAAGUGCACCCAACACGCCACACUCCUGUGUUUUCUCAAGUCUGGGUUGCUAUAAUCGCUGGUGUUUUGGCUGGGCUGUUUAACGUUCGUGAGCUCUCACACAUUCUUUCAGUCGGUUCAUUGACAGGCUACUCUGUUGUUGCUGCAUGUGUGGUGGUUUGUCGUUGGAACGAUAAAACAGCAAGUCUAGUUUCUUCAGAAUGGAUUACAGCCUGGAGAGAAGGUGUACUUUGCCUCAUUAUAGUAGCUUUUUGUGGUUUUGGCGCUGGAGUUCUCUACCGCGUUGAUGCUUCAUUUGUUUUUCUGCUUGUAGCAGUAGUUAUAGCUUUAUUUGCUUCUGCUGCUCUCUCAUGCCGCCAACGUUACGUGGAUCCUCCGGGUUUUUCAUGUCCUGGCGUUCCCAUUGUUCCAGCCAUUUGCAUCUUUUUCAACAUUUUUCUUUUUGCUCAGUUGCACUACGAAGCUUGGGUGAGAUUCAUCAUUCUUAGCCUUAUUACAGUUGGUAUUUACGCAUUUUAUGGACAGUACCAUGCCGAGCCAAGUUCAAAUGAGGCAAUUAUUUAUCAUCGGGCACCUGCUGAAGCUAGCUAGUUACAUAUUUUGGACGUGUUCCUUGUAUCUCCUCUUAUGGCGUUUGCCUGUUGUGAAGAAAUACUGAUUGUUUUGUAUUUGUAUGUGCAGUAUAUUAUGUAGCACCCAUUUGUAGCAUGAACUUGUGUGUACAAUAAAGCACCGAUUUUGAUUAUA